GUCUGUGUGUGUGUGUGUAUCUUCUUGGCAUUAGCAGUUAGUAGUUAGUUCAGUGGACAGAUAUUGGUAUACAGCCCAUCCAUCCAUCCAUCCAUCCAUCCACCUAGGCACAGCUUACAGCCCAUAACCUGAUUCAGCAUGGGUCGCGGAGGAGGGCGUGGUGGUAAACGGGGUAGCCGAGGGGGGGGCAAGCGCAGCCAAGGGAGUAGCACCCGAGGCAAAGCCAAAGGGAAAGCCGGCCCAAUGAAACGGUCCCGAGGCACAGGCGCAGGUGCAGGCGAGGCUGAGCGACCGGCCAAGGUGACUCGAGUGGAUAGAGACCACAUGAAGGAGUUUGGUGAUCAGCAUCCGGUGAAUGAACUGGAGUUUGAGGGCGAUGCCAGCGAUGCGAGUGAUUCAGAAAGUGGGGGUAGGCGGGAGGGGAAGGCGUUUAACGGCAGAGCUACCAGUGAGCGCAGCACGGGAGCAGUGGACGGUGAGAUUGACUCAGACAGUGAUGGGGCGGGUGUGCACGGUGCGUAUGCGAAGCUGUUGGGGUCACUCAGUAGCACUGGACGGCACAGACGGGUCGAGGCUAGGGCUCGGCUGGGGUUAGGGCCAACGAAGCUUAUUGCUGGGGGGGUGGGUGUAGGGGAGAGUGCAGAAGCGCCGGAGAGUGGAGAUGAGAGUGACACAGACGACAGAGACAGGACACGUGUGGGCAGGAAUGGACAGGAUGUUAGCGCUGAGGGUAAGGAGAACGGCGGUGCACCGGUCAUGGGCGAAGGAGAAGACAACAGUGCAAGUGGUACUGAGUCUGAGAGUGAGGAUGGCUCGAACAACGAAGACGACACACGCACCACAGACACAGCCGAACUAAGCACAGACGACCCAUUCGACAGGCAUUUCAACAGUACUGAGUGUACUGAGGUGGAUGCCAUUGCCAAGGAUGUGUACCGGACGGAGAGGGACUUUGCCUUCCACACAGCCGCGUAUAGUAAUCUCAGGAGGCCUCUGCGCAGCCAACAGGCGGUGGAGGAGGCUGACUUAUCUAAAUUCCAUGU